AUGAGGGUAAGUCAGAAGGAGGACCAUCUGCUUCCGACCACAGUUGUCCACAGGGCCCUGCAGGUCCUCUCCCCGCUCUCUGACUCCAUCCUGGCCGAGAAGACGGUGAUCGUCCUGGAUGACCGCGUCACCAUCGCCGACCUGGGCGUGCAGCUGGUGGCUGGCUUGUCUCUUGCCCUGAAGCCUCACAGAGCGGACAAAAGAGCCAUCGUCUCGAUGGUGGCUGCCCAGGACGUUCUCCGAGCCCCGCAGCAGGGUGAAGGGCAAGGUCCCUUGGUUAAAUUAGAGAUGAGGAUUAGUGAACCCUGUCAGAAGACCAAGAGGAAGAGUGUUCUUGCUGUGGGUAAAGGAACUGUCAAGGUCAAAUUUGAACCAAAUGUUGAUGAGCACCUAGGAGGCACCAACGAUAUCGAGGGCAUCAGUCGGGAAUACAAAGACCACUUCAGUAAUUCCAUACAGCGUGAAGGAAACCAGGAGAGAGCGGUUCAGGAGUGGUUCCAACAUGGCGCCUCUGUUGGCCAAGAGGAACGUAGCAACAAAAGCACAACUCCACAGUACCCCCUGGAAGGAAAGGAUAAGAAGUUGCUCAAGAGCGGUGGUCCAGACUCCUUCACAAGCUUCCCCACUCAAGGGAAGUUACCGGAACCCAAUAAUCCCAGUGACGUUACAGUGACCUCAAGGGGGUUAACUGACUUGGAGAUCGGCAUGUACGCUCUGCUCUGUGUCUUCUGCUUGGCCAUUUUGGUCUUCUUAAUCAACUGUGUGGCAUUUGCUUGGAAAUACAGACACAAAAGGUUCGCUGUGAGCGAACAAGGCAACAUCCCCCAUUCCCAUGACUGGGUCUGGCUUGGGAAUGAAGUAGAACUUCUGGAAAACCCCGUGGACAUCACCCUCCCGUCGGAGGAGUGCACAACCAUGAUAGACAGGGGGCUGCAGUUCGAGGAGAGGAACUUCCUUCUCAAUGGCGGCUCCCAGAAGACUUUCCAUAGUCAACUACUCUUUUAGAAACAUGACUAGGGA